AUGCCCCCCAAAUCACGAUUUACGAGGCUCGAUGCGUUCGCAAAGACGGUGGAAGAUGCGCGUGUGCGAACAACGUCUGGUGGAAUCGUCACUUUAGUCUCCUUGGUCGUCAUACUCUGGUUAGUAUGGGGGGAAUGGGCCGACUACCGCCGGGUGGUGGUGCUUCCAGAGCUCAUAGUCGACAAGUCGAGAGGUGAACGAAUGGAAAUUCAUUUAAAUAUGACCUUCCCUCGACUACCAUGCGAAUUGUUGACCUUAGAUGUGAUGGACGUUUCGGGAGAGCAGCAGAUGGGGGUCGUCCACGGCCUGAACAAAGUACGACUUAGUUCAGUUGCCGACGGUGGCAGAGUUAUAGACGUUUCGAAGCUUGAAUUACAUUCCCAAAAUGAAGUUGCCAUACACCUCGACCCAGAAUACUGCGGUGAAUGUGGAGGUGCAUCUCCCCCAGAAAACGCAAAAAAGCCCGGAUGCUGUAACACCUGUGAGGAAGUCAGGGAAGCCUACGCUCUGAAAUCAUGGGCAUUCGGCAAGGGCGAAAACAUCGAACAGUGUCAGCGCGAGGGUUACGCCGACAGAAUCGACGCGCAGCGCAGAGAAGGAUGCCGCAUUGAAGGUGACAUCCGGGUGAACAAAGUGAUUGGCAACUUCCACAUCGCUCCUGGCCGCAGUUUCUCCAGCGGAAACAUGCACGUCCACGACUUGGACACAUACCUGGACAGAGAGCUAGCGGAUUACGAGAAGCACACAAUGUCUCACAUCAUCCACCAACUGCGAUUUGGUCCUCAACUCUCAGAUGAAGUAUCUCAACGCUGGCAGUGGACCGACCACCACCACACCAACCCCCUAGACAGCACACAACAAUUGACAAAUGAACCCGCCUACAACUACAACUACUACAUCAAAGUUGUCUCAACCUCCUAUCUACCCCUAGGCUGGGACAGCGCUCGCUCCGACCAACUGCAUGGAGACGACCAAUUCACGCCCCUGGGUCUCCACGGCGCCGCCCAUGGCACAGCAGGCAGUAUCGAAACACACCAAUACUCCGUAACAUCUCACAAGCGCUCUUUACACGGUGGCAACGACGCCGCCGAAGGCCACCAGGAGCGUAUCCACGCCGAGGGUGGUAUCCCCGGCGUAUUCUUCAACUAUGACAUUUCGCCCAUGAAAGUGGUCAAUCGUGAGGCUCGGGCCAAGACUUUCACGGGGUUUUUGACGGGUGUUUGUGCUGUUAUUGGUGGUACUUUGACCGUUGCUGCGGCUGUGGAUCGGUUUUUGUACGAGGGUUCUAGAAGGAUUAGGAAGUCGGCAGCACAUACCGAGUAG